AUGGCCCUCGCCGACCAGGACGAGUCCGUGCGGAUCGCCGUCCGUGCGCUCGGCGACAUGCGCAGCGGCGCGAACGCCUCCUCGCCCUCGACCUCGUUCCAGACGACCCCCGCCCUGUCCGUGACCUCGGUGGCGUCGAGCCCGUCCCUGCCCUCGCCGCAGCUCGUGGACGAGGACGCGCGCGACGAGCAGCGCCUCCGCGGCCGGGCUCUCCGCGGCGCGACCCGGCCCCGCGCCGACGGUGCGGACGACGACGCCGAGAUGGCCGCCGCAGACGGGCGGGGCGAGGACGCGGAGUGGAAGAGCCUGUCGUCGCGGAUGACGAGCCUGCCGAUCGUGACCACGGCGCUGCGCGCGUACGAGCACAGCAAGGCGAGCUCGCGCGUGGUCAAGUACGGCGCGGAGAUGAUGGAGUCCUCCGUCAAGUCCAUCUCUCGCCCGGUGAUGGACCGCCUGCCCGUCGCACAGCUCGACGAGUUCGCGUCGAGGCAGCUCGACAGGCUGGGCAGCUAUACCCGCCGACCGCCGAGCCGCGAUGCACGGUCCGACUCGGUGGACGCGCCGGAUCCUAGGAGACCAUGGGAGUCGAGAGAACCGUCGAUGAGCCGCACAGAUAGCUCGUCGAGCGACCGUUGGUCGAGGGAAGAGGACGAUAUGCGGUCGAGACCAUGUGACUUCAUGCAAAGUCGGACCCCUACCCCACAUUCCUCAACGGGCUCACAGCCGGAGCGGCCGACGCUGCCACCAGCCUCGACGCUCACCCAGCAGGCGGACGCACACGAGAGCCAGCAGGUCGCACAGCGCAGCCGGUGGCAAGCUGUAUUCCUGGAAGCCGGCGGUAUUAGUGCUGCGUUGAGCGAAGAGAGCAUGCGGCGGUUGCGGUACUGCCUGCAAUGGCUGCAGUAUGCCACAACGCAGAUAGACGCUCAGAUACUCGUCCUCCGCAACUUCAUCGUCUCUCUCCAGCCCGAAGGCACCCCGCACGGCACCCCGAUAUCGGCCCAACAUCUGCGCACGCUGCAGACGGCGAAGCGCGACGUCGUCGACACCAUCCGUCAGGUCGUCGAGGUCGUCAGUCGGUAUGCGGGCGGUGCGCUCCCGGAGCCGGCGCGGUCACGCGUGCGCUCGUUCAUCCUGUGUCUUCCGCGGAGAUGGGCCGUCGCUGCCAACACUGGACUCGAAGGCACGGGCCCUCCCCCAGCGGCGUCUUCAGGGCAAGGGCACGACGUGCGAGGCGAGAGCUCUGCCACCUCCUCGUCUUCGUCGAGGGGAAGGCAUAGAGGGAACGCGCCGUACAGCUACGGUCCCGGAGAAGCGGGACCCGCACCGCGAUCGCGGCCCGCGUCCCGCGCCACUUCGCCUGCGCGGGGACCGACAAGAACGCAUUCGAGGCAGACGAGCACCGCUACGGGCGGGGCGCCGCCAACGGUCGACGCUGCGAACCAGGCCGCACAGAAAAUCAUGACGCUCGCGACGGAGAGUCUGGACAUGCUGCGUGGUGUGACUGCCGUCUUCAAGGACAGCUUGGAGCGCGCUGACAUCUGGGUUGAGCGCCUGCGCGUUGUCGGCCUCCAACGUGGUCAAAAUCCCAACGCAGAAGGCGACGCCGACACGGACCCGAUGCUCAACUUCCGCGAGAACCAGCUCCCUCCCUUCCCCCUCCACGCACGCGACCACCGCUCGCGCACACCGUCGUCCCCGCUCUCCCCCUAUGCGCCCCUCACGCCCACUACUCCCGGGACCGCCUCGCAAUCGGGCUACUCCAGCCCGUUCUUCCCUCUCCCCCGUUCCUCGAGCGCGAGCUCCCUGACGGGCCUCCCGCCGUUCCCCGGGCCGCUCAACCUCGCCCCGCCGCCGUUCGACGCGCCCUCGCCUGCAGGGGUGAACCUCGACCGGCUCUCACUCUCGAGCGGCCACUCGGACGCGGGCUCGCGGCUCGCGACGCCCAAGAGCGCGCUGCUCGGGUUCGCGGCGGAGGGCGAGUACCUGUACCUCGACCGCGACCGGCACGGCGGGGCGCGCGGGGAGAAGCGGCGGAGCGACGCGGACGAGGGCGACGCGGCGGUGCUCGCGGCGACGGCGCUCGCGGGCCUCGCGGGCGCGGCGAACGGGGUGCCGGCGAAGCGGAUAAAGCAGGAGGAGCGCGAGGUCGGGAUGGACGUCGACGGAUGA